AAAGCACUUCCAUUUUCAUUUCCAUGGCGAUCGAAAACCCGUUUAACCGUAUCAUGGCCAUGCGGCAAUGCGGAAGAGGCCUCUGUCUAAUUGUGGGCUUCGGAAGACGGAACCGGCGGAGCCUCCAGAGCCAGGAGCCAGGCACAGAGACACAGCCAAAUCUGCUGCUGUUGCUGCUGCUGCUGUUUGUGAUAUGUGAUCGAAGGCUAAACUUGAACUUGAAGCAUGGCCAAAAUGCAACACGCAACAACAUGCAACAUGCCGCUGCCGCUUCCAAAGAACUGCCAACACGCAAAGGCAACUGCAAGCUGUAGCUGUUGCUGCCACAGAGCCACCCCGCUAUGCCUUGGCGCAUUUGGCAAUUGAGGAAAAUUGAGGAAAAUUGGCAAGUGGCCGACAGACGGAGUAUAAAAGCAGCUGCAAUCGACUGAGCCGCGUUAAUCGAAGCGCGUCGCUGGAAAAGUGCAAGUGCUUUCCACGCUCCCAUCGUGCAGUGCAUCCGAGUAUCCCAAAUUGCAAUUGAAAAUCCCUUGAGAUGCUGUGCCAUCGACACAUCCAUUGCCGCCUGCUGCUGGCAGGACAACUACUGGUGCUAUUGCCACUCAUGCAAUCCUCGCCUGUGUCCAGCCCCGAGAUAGCCAACAAGGCCGCCCAGUCGCCCAACAGCCUCCAGGUGCAGCAGCAGCAGCAACAACAACAUCAGCAGCAACAGCAGCAGCUUCAGCAGCAGCAACAACAGCAGCAACAACAGCAGCAACAGCAGGAAGCGCACCUCAACUCUCUCAGCGCAUAUGCCAGUGGAUACGACAGCCUGGCGCAGCUCCAGAUGCAGGGGCAGAUCCAAAGCCAGAUCCAAUCACAGAACCAGGGCCAGGGACAGUCCCAUUCCGAGGCAGAUCCCUCCUCCUUCAAGCCCUCCUACAAGAUGCCCGAAAUGGAGACCAACUUCACGCCCAUGCAGACUGCGGGGACGCCCAGCGUGGCCAGCCUGCCAUCCACACCCAUGCUGAUGCAGUACCUGCCCGCCCAGACCCUGCAAGAUGGCACCGGCACCGUGCAGUACCUCCAGCUGAUUCCCACGCGACCCAUCAUCGUGCCCAUCAGCCCCUAUCUGCAGGCGGCUGCAGCCGCUUCGGGCAACAUGCCCUCCCCGCCAGCGCCCAGUGUGGUGGCAGCCCCACAGCCUGACUUUUCCGGCCGGACAGCCACCGUGCUGAGCGCCCUGCCCCCCAACUAUGGGGCAUUGCAGGGAUAUGCCACUGGAAUCAACCCUGCGGCAGCAUUCCGCAGCACCUACCGCAUCAAUCGCGAGGCCAAGGACAAGAACUAUCCGCCCACGUUUUCGCUAAACCUCAACGAGUAUCUGCCCGCCUCCUCUGGGGGUCACGAUGCCAGCUCUCAUUUGUACCUCAGGGCACGAUCGUAGGAGAGAUCCCAUGACGAAACUCCAGGCCCAGCACCAGCCAAAGUCACAGAUUGCUCUAACACUUAAGACUCUUUCUUUUUUUUUUUGUAUCAAACCCCAAUUAAAGCUGAUGGAAAAACGAA